AGAUGAUGAAUCAUCGGAAGGUAGUUGUUGAAAAUUUUAAAAUAAAUCGUAAAAAAACGAUUUGGCCAAUAAACAAAAAUUACUUGUCAAAGCCUAAAAAAAUUACUCCUCCUUCGUUAUAUUCUCCUGCAAUCGCAACAAGCCAACAAGGUUUUUAAUCGUUGAGCUGUUUCGUUUGAUCGCCGAUUUAAGGAAAAAAAUAGGAGAGGUGUCUGAAUAUGUGGGCAGCUUCAUGCCUUGCGUCAUGCUGCGCCGCGUGCGCUUGUGAUGCUUGCCGAACGGUAGUGUCAGGGAUCAGUCGCCGGUCCGCUCGUAUAGCUUAUUGCGGUCUCUUUGGGCUGUCUCUGAUUGUUUCAUGGAUUCUUCGACAAGUUGCUGCUCCUCUCAUGGAGAAAAUACCGUGGAUUAAUCAUUUCCACAAAACACCAGAUAGAGAAUGGUUUGAAACAGAUGCUGUACUUCGAGUUAGCUUGGGAAACUUCAUGUUCUUUACUAUCCUAUCUAUCAUGAUGGUUGGUGUAAAGAAUCAGAAGGACCCUCGUGAUAAUUUGCACCAUGGCGGGUGGAUGGUGAAAAUAAUCUGCUGGUUUCUUUUAGUCAUUUUUAUGUUUUUUGUUCCAAAUGAGCUGAUCAGCUUUUAUGAGGCAACAUCAAAGUUUGGUUCAGGAUUAUUUCUUCUUGUUCAAGUUGUGCUUCUGUUGGACUUUGUCCAUGGAUGGAACGACAAGUGGGUUGGAUAUGACGAGCAAUUCUGGUAUGUUGCCUUGCUUGUUGUUUCUCUUGUGUGUUAUGUGGCAACCUUUACUAUUAGUGGAGUUCUUUUUCACUUCUUUGCUCCGUCCGGGCAUGACUGUGGGCUGAACACUUUCUUUCUAGUGAUGACCCUUAUUUUCGUCUUUACCUUCGCUAUUGUCACCCUGCAUCCUUCAGUGAAAGGAAGCAUUUUCCCAGCAUCAGUUCUAUCUCUGUACUGCACAUACCUUUGCUAUAGUGCGCUUGCAAGUGAACCUAGGGAUUAUGAAUGCAAUGGCCUUCAUAAGCACUCAAAAGCUGUUUCCACUGGCACACUAACUCUUGGGCUACUUACUACAGUUUUAUCUGUAGUCUACUCUGCAGUUCGUGCUGGAUCAUCUACCAGUUUGCUUUCCCCACCUAGCUCACCACGUGCUGGUAAACCUUUAUUGCCGUUAGACAAGGCCGAUGGGGAUGACGAGAGUAAGAAGUCAAAGCCGGUCACGUAUUCAUAUUCCUUCUUCCACAUCAUCUUCUCUCUUGCUAGCAUGUAUUCUGCAAUGCUACUCACAGGAUGGUCUACAUCCGUUGGGGAGAGUGGGAAAUUGGUCGAUGUUGGAUGGGCAUCUGUUUGGGUUAGAGUGACAACUUGCUGGGUGACUGCUGCUUUAUUCAUUUGGUCUAUGAUUGCUCCGGUUCUCUUCCCAGAUCGUGAGUUCUGAGGAUGCACACUAUCCCAUAUCUGCAUGAACAUUAUUAUAACGACUGCAUGGUAUGUAAAUGUUGUGUGCCGUGACACUCCUAAUGCUUGUGUAUUGUUUUCAUGACAAUAUAUGCAUGAUGGUUGUGAAAGUCAACAAUUGCUUCUGAUGUCUAAAAUGCAUGAAUUCAACACUAUUUAGAAAAUGUUUAAUGCUUUUCUGUGUGGACACUUUAGAUAAAGAGCGUACAUAUAUUAUGUGUACCCAAACUCCCAAAGAUCUGGCCGGGACUCUCAACACUCGAGUUCAAUUUGAAUUUGUUUUCAGUGAAAGCAAAUGGAAAAAUUAGUACCUUACUAAACAUGGUUUUAAAGGUCAGUUGUACGUGAUUAUUGAUCCUCGUAGGGAUAUAAUAACUGUCUUAAAAUGAGUACCUUAGUGUCUGCUUUGAUUCAAUAGAAAUAAAAUGUAAGAUAUUGAUGAUCUUUUAUGCCAAAUUGUAUGACAAAUUGAGAUUUUGUGAGAAGGAUCCAAAUGAUAGUAGUUAAAGAGACUCUAAGAAAGAUUAGUAAAAGAAAGCAGUGGGUCGAGAAGGUAUAUGUAUCGAGGUCUUGAAAAGUUUGAGAGAGAAGCAUCGAGUUGUUAACACUUUUCUGGAACAAGAUUUGAACAAAU